CACUUGCCUCUAAAACAGUCAAACAAGCAGAGAGAGAGAGAGAGAGAGAGCAAAUCACAAAUUCAAACUCGAAAAUGAAUAAGAAAGCAAGUCGCAAAUCGCCAAUUCCAAUGCCAUCCGCGUCUUCGCCUCCAACUCCGAAAUCAACCAUUCUCAGGAAGAAGAAACCUAAUCUUGCAGAUUCUCCAAAAACCAUAGCCUCCAUCUCUGAUCUAAAGGACAUGUCCUCUUCACGCCUCCACCAUGUCAAGUCCAAUCUCAUUGAUCACUCUCAUUCUGAGAUUCUCAAAGACCUCGAAGCCUUUCACUCUCGCCUCCAUAAACGCUUCAAGAUCCAGUCCCAAACAUGCCAGCAGGUGAUGGAUGAAGCAGAGAACGAUUUUAAGGAGAUGUCUGAACAGAUUAAUGAAAGUUGUGAGGCAAUGAAGGAAUCAUAUGAAGAGCUUUUGGCAGAUGCACGAGCCACUUCAUCCCGUUUGUGCAAAACUACCAUUCCUGAACUUGCAAGAUCAUGUGACAAAGCAAUCGGCAACCUCCAAAGCCGUUUUGGGAUUCCAUCUACUUAGCCAUUCAACAAGAAAUUUUCUUGAUCUCUGCUCCAACUUCUAAACACUAGCUGGUGAAGUAUAUUCUCUCUUUAAGUAAUGGAGUACUGAGACUUAUAAAAAGGUGACUCAUGAAUGCCUUUUAAGCAGUGUAAAUUGAUGAUUACAUUUUUGUUAUUAGUACCAUGGUAAUGGCAAUGGCAUAGACCAAUUCUGAUGCUCCAUUUCUUUCUCCUGGUUCUAUCCUAUUUGUAAAGCCAAAUUGUACAGUAAUUCAAAUUAAUUCGUUCUAUUUUGUCAA